CUAAAAUAACUUGUAAGGAUGUUUUAGAUAAUAGAAUAAAUAAAAGAGUGGACUCGAUGAUGGAAGCUGGUUUGAUUCAGGAGCUUCAGGACUUUCAUGAAAGAUACAAUAAAGAUCGUAUGAAAAAAAAUGAGUUGCCUGAUUAUACAAAAGGUAUCUUCCAAUCGAUUGGUUUCAAGGAAUUUCACAAAUACCUUAUUUUACCCGAAGAGAAAAAAGACACAGUAUUGGGCCAAAAACUAUUAAAUGGAGCCAUUGAGACUUUGAAGCAGGUUACGAAGAGAUACGCCAGAAGACAGAACAAGUGGGUGAAGAACAGAUUAUUGCGAAGACUGGACCGACAGGUGCCGCCAGUUUACUCAUUGGACAGCACCAAUGUGGAGCAAUGGGAAAGCGAGGUUUAUGGGAAAGCGGUGGAAAUCGUAUUGGCAGUUAUGGUGGGCGAAAAGCCGCAUAACCCGCCGAUGAGUAUCGAUAUUAACAAUGCGAAAUACACCGACAGCAGUAACGUUAAGAGGCAUUUCUGCGAGGUUUGCCAGAAAACUCUUUUUACCGAUGAACAGUGGAUUGCGCAUUUACAUGGGGGGAGACAUACGAGGACGGUGAAGAAGCUUAAGAAAUUGGAAAAACAGGAUGGAUGUGGCGAGGACGACCCUGCCAAACGGUCAACAAAGACGGGCAAUAAACACGAACAUACCGAGAACGUUCUCGCGAUGUCAUUGUUGGUGCUCAUGAUUAAUUAUAUGCUGCUAUUUCCAAGAAAUAUUGUUUUCUUCUUAUUUCUUGGAACCGCUGUUCUUAUUCCACUUUGUAAUGUCGAGAUGCAUGUAGAAGGAAUGAAAAUGUGGCGCCAAAGGAAAAAAAGUAAAAAACAAGCAUAUGAUUUGGUUUACAUUGAGAUGUUUCAGAUAUUUUACAUAAUGAAGAGUGAUGAGAUCCGGGGCUGA